AUGUAUGUAACGAAUGUCCUCUCCGCCCUGCCUUCUGUGCCAACUCUUCUCAAUUCAUCCGCUAGUCUUCUAACCACCAUGGUCAGCCUUUACACUGGGCAUGGAGGUGACUGGUCAAUUAUGGCUCUUCUGACGGUGAUUGUGUCCAGUCUUUCCGUUGCAUCUUCAUUUUUUUUAUUGAUAGUGUACAAGCUUGUCAAGCUUGAAGAGGUAAAGCGAGAGCACGAUAAAAUUCAUAGUGCACGUCAUGAUUUCCUUCAUUCUUAG